AUGCACCUCCGCCUGCUCCGCGGCCAUGCGCGUCUUCUCCUGCUGCAGCCGGCCGCACUCACGGUCGAGCAGGCGGUACAUGUGCGUCUCCGACUCCACCUCGCGCCGCUUGCACUCCACGAGGCUCUGGGUGUUCACAAUCUCCCCGCGCACGUUGCCGAGGUGCUCCUUCACGAACUGCAGUCGCCGCCGCUGAUCCUCGAUCUCGCGUGCCUUUUCGUCGCACAGCUCCUCGUGCCGCGAGAGCUGCGCCGUCAGCUCCUUGUUUGUCGCGUUCAGCAGCUCCAGCGGUAG